UAUUUUGCAUGUUGCUGAGCCAGCGUCCAUGUUAGCUGGAAAUGAAUGUUUUGGUGUUUGGAAAUGUCCCAACUGUUCAAUUUUAGCUGAGUAAUAAUGAUUUCAAGAUAUAGCCCUACUCUGCAGGAUUUUCCUUCAGACUCACACAGAGGUGACCCUCUCAGUCAUCACGUAUGACUCACUAGAAGUGUGUGGGAGUGUAUUUUCCUGCAGAGACUCUGCCCUCUGCCUGGGUUUUUUCACUUUCUGUGCUCAGGACAUUUAUGGGUGUGUAACCCCACCAUACUCAGGUGAUGCCAGGGCUUGAUAAAAAGGUAGUGACCACGUGUCAGACUGUAAUCAGCAGGUCUCCAAACAGGAGAGUGAAUUUGGCAAUAGUACUUUCAGUUUCGGUUACCACAAACAAUAACCCCCGCCCCCCCCCCCAAACUCACACAAACGCAGACGCACAUGCCCUUGGGUUCCUCCCUUAUAGUCACAUGAUAUUCAUAGUCUGCCCUACCUCUUGCAGUCGUCUUGAACACGUCGCGUCCUCCUGUAAAACUUCUGAAUGAGCUAUUGAUCAUCAGUCUGCCUCGAGCUGCUCCUUGAGCCAUGAAACCAAUGUCGGACACUGAAUUAAUAGUUUUCCAAACCGCUUAUAGAUUUACAAGAGCUCUGUGUCGGUGUUUUUGCGUCUUUGCCAUGCCUGGACGUCUUUUCCUGGUCGCCGCCCUGCUGUCUUGUUGCGCAGGAGACGUCCAGAAGGUGAGUGCACCAGUGAAGAUCCUGACCUUUACUGGCCAAACGGUCAUCCUGCCCUGCCACAUCAAUGUCAAUAAUGGUGACUUCCCAACAGUGGAGUGGUUCCACAGAAGUACGGAUCAAAAGAUCGCCCUCGUGUACCGGCAGGGCUGUGAGACCUUUGCGGAGAAGGACCCGGCCUUCCACUUCAGGACAAACCUCUUCAUGAAUGAGCUGAAAAAUGGGAACAUCUCGUUGAGGCUUUCCAACGUGCAGCUCUCUGAUGCAGGAACAUUCAUAUGCAAGAUAAUCUGGAGUGCGCCCCAGGAGAUCGUUAGAAUAGAGCUUGUUGUUGCUGCAGUUUCGAGCCAAAACUCUCAAUGGUUUUAG